UGUCAUGAAGCCCAUUGCCAUGGCCCUUAACAUCCUCCAAGGGGAAUCAUCUGUGCAUAUGGGUUUUUUGCUGCCAACACUUUACCAGUUGCAGGAGAAGCUGAAGAGGCUGGAGUCAUCUUGCAACAUGUGUAGACCUCUUGUUAAUGCCCUGCGGGAAGGGAUCCAGAAACAUUUUGGAGACGUCAUGAAAGAGCCUGAGCUGACUGCAGCAGCAAUACUCCUACCAAGAUUCAGAACAUCCUGGAUCACAGAUGAGAGCAUCUUAAAAGCUGGCCUUGUCUUCAUCAGACAUCACCUAGACACAGAGUUGGAUGAUGUCAGCACAAACAGCAGCCUCUCUGAUGAAGAUGACUUCUUUGGAUCCAUGGGGUCAGGAAAACCAGAAGCAGGAGAGCUGGAUAGGUACCUUUCAUGUCCAUCCGUUGGAGGUAUGGAUCUAUUGCAUACCUUUCCUCGCAUCAAGAAGCAGUUACUCAAAGUCAACACAGUUCUUCCUGCGUCUGCAGCCUGUGAGAGACUUUUUAGUCACGUAGGGCUCCUGUUCACUGCUAAACGGUCACAGCUUCACUGCAAGAACCUUGAGAGCCAACUCCUGCUGAAGUUUAACCAUCACUUCAAUGAGUGAAGAACUAGCAUGUUGUCUUAUUACAUUUCUAAAAAAUAAAUAAUUUAUUAUGAUCAAAUAGUUACUCAGUACUUGAGUAGUCUUUUCACCAAAUACU